UAUUUAAUCGAUGCCAACCACCUAGACAACUCAAUAUCUCCUCGUAACCUCCUCCGAAAAAAUUAAAAAAAAUCAAUUUUCGAAAAUAUUUUUAGGGAAAAGUGUCACUCUAGAUCAUGUGCCUGUGCAUUGGUCCCAUUAAAUCCGGUAAAACAACGUUGAUGAAGAGACUGCAAGAUGGUGAGCUGAAUGAAGCCUCGCAGACUGUUCCAACUAAUGGAAUUAAUCUUUUUACCAUACGCAGCGCCGAUGGACACUUUGAUAUUGUGGUGAAGGAGGUUGGGGGUAGCAUGGCGCCUAUGUGGAAUAAUUAUUUUAACAGAGUCAGUAAAAUUAUUUAUGUUAUUGAUGCCAGUAAUUUGUGUCAAAUCAGUGCUGCUGGUGUGUUACUUUAUUCGCUAGUGGUGGAGCCUAAGUUGAAUCAGGUGAAGAUAGCACUGGUCCUGGGGAAGAUGGACCUGAGCUACCGACAGAUGAGGAAUGAGGCCCUGUUGAUGAUCCAUUUUGCGCGGCUUAAAAGGGAAGUUCAUCAGAAGAUUACUGUGAUUGAGGUCAGUGGAGUGAAUGGGGAGGGGGUUGAGACACUGAGGGAUUGGAUUUUUGAUUCUGAUACGCUGAAGGCGGUGGGAUCCAGUGGUAAUGCUGCUGCUGCUGCCAAUGCUGAUGCUGUUUUGCCUCAGAAAAAAUAAAACGUGAAGUCUAUUAAAUAUUUCCCUGUCCGUGAAUAUAACCUCCCCCCAACGGUAAACCUACACAUUAUAACUGAACUCCCCCUGAUUAUUUGUAUUCCCCCCUUUAGUUUCUUUUUUAUUUGCUUGAAACGUAGAGAAAUAAGUGCAGUCGGUGAUAGGAGACAUGCGGUAAAGACCAAAAAGUCCCCAGCGACACCUCGGGUCAGUAGAUCAACGAGCUGACCCCGAAAGCUCAAAUCUCAAGUCAGUCAGUCUUUGUCAGUCACAGGACGCGGUGACGUCUAUUUAAUUGUCAGAAAUUCUCUAUCAGUAGAACCUCACCGAGUACAUCACCAAGUGCAUCACCGAGUACAUCUCCGCCGAGCAUGAGGACGAUUUCUCCUUAUAUUCUAUAACAAUUUACUGUCGAUCAGUACAUCACCGGACAGUUGGCGAUAUUAAUUGACACUCGUCGGGAAAUAGUGCCAGUGAACCCGUUGUUAAUACUAGACUUUGGUGGCACGUCGCCCCAACAAAGUUUUAUCUAAAGAUCUUCAACCAGUGUUAAUAAUUAUUUACACCGGCUAGCCCUAAUCCAUCCUUCCUCGGAUUUUCCAUCCCACAUCUACCCUAAAUUCAGACAAUUCCCAAACAGAAAUAAAUGAUGUGAUGGUACUAACGAGUGUUAACUCUCAAUUGUUUAUUUCGACGCUGUCGGGGGGAGUGAGGUAUGAUUUAGGGAGGUAUUGUCAAGUGAGAAACAGGGGACAAGGUCUCCCAAGCGCCACGAGGGCGCGCGCCGGUCACUCUCACCUUCCCCUCAACUUCCGGUCAUCCCCACUCUUCUAAGCUGUUCGACGCUGCUGAUAUUAUUUUUUAAAAUGCAAAAUGAUUUUAAAAAGUACGGAAAAAUGUGAAAAAUUUUUUUACAAAGAAGAAAAUUAAGGAAAAACAC